ACACACUUGUCUGAUCAGCAGCUACUUAAACUCAGCUGUUGUGGUUGCAAGUCUCUUUUAAUCGCUCUGAGUUGCUCUUUAUGUCCAAGUUCUCAAAAAGGAUUGACUAUGGCAGCAAAAGCCGCUGUUAAUGGGCCUCUGCCCAAUCACCCAGGACCAAAUGAAGAGAACCUGCAGUCUCGUGCAAACUGUGAUGUUACAAGCUCUGUACAGCAUAAUCCAGGCACAAGCCAGAACCCAGGAUCUUCAUCUCGUCACCAGCCUCCUUGUUAUGACCGACCUGUCUUCAACGUUCAUGCUCCACCCCCGCCCCCUUUUCUCCAAUACCAGUGGCCCAUGCCAUUCUUCUAUAACCCAUUUGCUGGCUUCCCAAGCGUGGGCUAUGGUAUGGUCAUGCCCCCUUUCCCUCCACCCCCCUACAUCGAAGCUCCAGCAUACAUUCUACCCAACCCUCACAUCCUACCAGUGGAUUACAGACGCAUGCUCCAACCACAGGUUCACGCACCUGCAGCGCCAUCCCAGAAUCCAAACCAGGCCCACAGGAUGCGCCUGCCUCGUUCUUUCCCUGUAACAGAAACCGUGAAUUCUGGAGUCCAAACUGAACCCACACAGAGACUGGUUAUAAUGGGAGAUAAUGGCUAUAAUGAGGGAUGCCCACUUAACUCAGAUUCUGGGCAGGGAACUGCCUCAGAUACUCCAUCCUCAAGCUGCAGCUCCCAAAGGCGAGCCUCAACUGAGGGUGAGAAAGAUCCAUUACCCCACAAUAAUGCAAAAUAUGCCCAGGUUAGCUGGCCCUGUGCAAAUAUUAAAGUUACACAUGGCUUUAAAAUCCUACAUCCUAAAGGGAUAAAUGCUGUUCAGUCAACUGUAAGUGCAACCCAAGAAAACCAAAAUGAGCAUAAAGACAAUAUAGGUCAGGAGCCACCUCUUAUCCACUAUUGGAGAAAUGGACACUGCAAUAUGUCAACAGUGAGUUCUCCAGAAAGUGGGGCUCCUUUCUGCAGCUCUCCUCAAAAAGAGGAUGAGGUCGUCAAAGAGAGAUGCAUCUCUGUUCCUGACAUCCUAAAGAGUUGGGGAAGUGGCAAACCACAGAGGGCUGCACUGCUGAAUUCACUCAAUGCAUCACAUAAGCUUUCUGGAGAUGAGCAAGAAAAAGGCAAUGAGAUGAAUCUGCAAGAAGACCCAGAGAUCAUUCCUUAUCAAAUUGCUUUAAAUAACUGUCAAAUGAAUGAGUCAGUUUGGUCUGUGGAAUCACUAGCCCCCUAUAUACCCACUAAGGAGUGGCUGCUGAAGAAUGGCAUGUUUGAGCCCGAGGUAUUUGACAUGGCAGUGGAAAUGGAAAAUGUUCAGAUGUCGAUUGAAAUCGACAACCUUGUUGAAGGUAAGGAAAGGAGGAGAGCUCGUAGGUUUUCUUCUUCUGAUUCUCAAGUACUACACAGCUCACUCAUUUUCAGGACCCCAGCUGAGAAGUUAAGUCCUCCAAAGAAGCCAGAAAUGGAGACUGAAACCGAUGUGUCUGAAAAGAAGGGACCGGAGCAGGACAAGAUGAUGGCUUCCACAGAAAAAUCCCAAAGAAAAGACCUAUUGGCUUCUCCUCUUCCCUUGAGUAAAAAUUUAUCUCCCCUCACUGAGGAGGAUUUUGAUGAAAAUGGGUCUUCUGAACCCAAGGCUAAUCAAGGCCCAAACCAGGAAACCAUUACCAUAAAUGACAUUUUCCAAAAAAGAACAGACACAGAGGUGGAGGAGGGAGCAGUUGACAAUGAGGUGCGAAAAGAGGAACUCUAUGUUCCAGUGGCUGACCAGAUGAUGCCUGAAUUAUCACCAUCAAAGGGACAUUUAGUUGACUGUGGUGUCCAGUGCUCAGAGUUCAAGUGUCCGUGUGGGGAGGUGAAGGAUUGCAUGGAACAAAACAAAAGGCAUCCUUCUAAAUGUCCAGAUAUGAAGAAGGCAAACACGCAGAAACAUUUGAAGAGGAAUGGUUUCUGGAGGAAUAAAGCUCAAGACAAAAAUGGCAGCCAGCAGGAAGUCUACUGCGGACAAGCUGGUAAACUUGUGAAAUCAAAAGGAGGAAAUGGAAAGAACCUGAGAAGCUGAACAGACUCCACUCUAUCCUUGGUUUUAAAUCUAAUUAAAAUUAAAUUUCUAUUUUUCAAUAAAUUUUCUGUAUAAUAUCAAAA